AUGGAAAAUUGUAUCAAUUUAAUUGAUAAUUACAGACAAUAUCCGUGUUUGUGGAGAUGUUCCGACGUGAAAUAUAAGUGCAUGGAAGCAAAACACGAUGCUUGUGAGGCAAUUUGUGCUGCUAUACAGUGCCAAAAUAAAGAAGAAGUAAAAAAAAAUUCGAAACAUGAUUCAGAAACAUUCUCCCAAGAUAUAGAUGAUACCGGUGAAGACACUGAAACCCUGCCCGAAACUAGCCAAAAAGAACAAAAUCCCGAACAAGAAAUCAUUAAUGAUAACAGCUCAAACGACAAUCCUAAAUCAAUAAAUAUGUCGUCAGUAUCUUCUGGACCAUCAAAACCUGAGUCAAGAAAUACAUCAUCAUAA